CUUCCAGGGAAAUUGCAGAUGACAUUGCGAUUCUCACCAAGUUCAAGCCAUCACAUUCAGAAGGGGAAGAAUGCAAUGGACCUGAAACUAUUUCAACUGCAGGAUCAGAAAUCCCAAGCAGCUCUGAGGGCCUAAACAGCACUGAGACUACUUUACUCAUCCCUGAACAUCAAGUGAUUGAUAAAAGACAUCAAAGCAAAGAUUCUAUUUUCUUCAGGGAUGGUGUCAGGAGAAUUGAUUUUGUUCUCUCCUAUGUGGAUGAUCUUAAUAAGGAAUGGGAAAAAAAGUUGGAAAGGAGAAAAGAAUUUGAGAGCAACCUGCAAAAGGCUGGUUUAGAGCUAGAAACAGAAGACAAGAAGGAAUCUGAAGAUGGCAAGAUUUUUUUUUGUGAAGAUCCAUGCACCGUGGGAGGUUCUGAUCACAUAUGCAGAAGUGCUGAACAUUAAAGUUCCCAUCAGGGAAAAUGACAUUCCCCCCAUGGUAGAGAACCCCCUGGACUGUGUGCUUUUCCCACUGAGGCUGCCCGAGAAGGUGAUGCACCCUGAACCGGAUUAUUUCACAGCACCAUUCAGCAAGGACAAGCAGGAGCUGUACCUCAUUAAUGAUGAGAGCACUUUCUUCUCACCAUCCAUGAGAAACAGAAUAGUUAAUUAUGUUCUUACACGUUGCCCAUAUGGAACAGAAGAAGGGAAGAAAAAAUUUGGGAUUAAGAGACUGUUGAACAAUGGCACCUACACAGCUGCAUAUCCUCUUCAUGAUUGCCAGUACUGGAAGAAGGCAAGCGACCCGAACUGUGACAGCGAGAGGUACACGCUCUACAUGGAGUGGGCCCGCUUCCUGCGCUUCUACAAAGAGCAGCCUUUGGUCCUUAUCAGAAAGUACUAUGGUGAGAAGAUUGGAAUCUAUUUUGCCUGGCUGGGAUUUUACACCGAGAUGGUAUUCCUUGCAGCAGUUGUUGGCUUAAUCUAUUUUCUUUAUGGCUUGUUUACAAUGGAUGAAAAUAUGAGUAGCAAAGAAAUCUGUGACCCUGCAAUUGGAGGAGAGAUCAUCACGUGCCCACUUUGUGACUGAGACUGUGAAUACUGGAGACUAAACACCACCUGCGAGGCCUCACAGGAGAUGGAGCCUUAUUUGCCUUUAACUAGCCAGGCUGUGCGAUUUUGCAUCUCAGGAGCUACAGUGUUGUUCUGGGCUGGCAUUAACUGAGCCUCUGCACUCCAAAGACACAGAUUGGCAGUUCAUCACAGUCGACACCGAGAACCCCGGAACCUGGCGAAAUAUUCGCAGUAGUUACUUUGCAGAAAUCAUCUGGAUCCAACCCAUGAUGUCACUGAAAAAGGGCCUCAUCCUCCUCAUCCUGGCGACCAUCUCGCCACCCCAGCUGGCAUGGAUUGUUCCUCAGCCCAGGGCCAAUGUGUGGACCACAUUGGUAAAAUCAGUAAAUCAAGAUCACAUUUGCUUACCCACAUCCUCUGCAUCUGACCCUCUCCUAUCCUGCCUCGUGGGGAUCCCAUACCAGAUGAACAAAUUCCCUUUCACUUUUGCCAAACUCACUUCUUCCUCUGGCAGGGAAACCCACUCAUUCAUCGCCCACCAACCAGACGCAUGGAGGAGAUGGGUCAAACUGCUCCCCGUAAUGAACUAUAACCCUGAAGAAUUAGAGUUGCUUGGCUCCUCCCCUGCUUUUACCUGUGUACAUUUCGCAAUUAUCCCUGACCCCCAAGACCGACAUGCCAUUGAGAUCAGGCAGACCACCAUUGAGUACAGCGCAAAGGAAUGGUGCCAGAGGGUAAUCCAAGUCCCCACAUACUCUACCCCUGAUAAUAAACCCCACUCCCUACCUAAAGGCAUCUUCCUCAUCUGCGGUUGGCGGGCUUGGGCAGGCAUCCCCCCUCGCCUGAUCGGAGGCCCUUGUACCUUUGGGCAGCUGAGCUUGUUUACACCUAAUAAAACUCAAAUUUCGCAUUGGCAAAAUCUAAAGAAAACCUAUCAAUUGGUAUGCCAAAAAAGGGACACUAACCUUGAGGAUUGGGAUCACAAUUGUGACUCUCAGGCUAUCCAUUGGUCUACAUCCAAAAACAUAGCUGCCAUUGUGCUUUUGCCAUGGAUGGCUAUAGCAAAAACAGUUGGGGAAUUGGUACUCCUCGAGUGUUGGGUUGCUAAGCAAGCCAAUCUUACUUCAACUGCCCUCUUGGAGCUCCUAUCAGAUGAGGAAAUACCGAGGCAGACCACCCUCCAAAACUGGGCUGCAAUUGAUUUUCUUUUGCUCCUACAUAAUCACCGCUGUGAAGAAUUUGCAGGUUUAUGUUGUUUAAAUUUAAGUUCAAGGGCUGAGGACAUCCAUGCCACAAUACAAAAGAUGCAGAACCUGAUCAGCGACCUAAAGAAAGAGUCAUCGGACUGGCUGGGGUCUCUUUUCCAAGAAUGGGGACUCUCGGGUUGGAUCAAAUCACUAAUUCAAACUGGACUGUUACUUAUACUAGUUCUUGUUGCGUUUAUCACUGGUUUUAGUAUUUUAAAGGGACUUAUUCUGAAGGCGCUGAACUCCACCAUCUCAGUUAAUCGAGUCCGUCUCUCCAUCAAUGAAGAUGAACAUCCUGCUCCAGAGGAAGAGCCUCUGAAUCAAGAUCCCUGGUUCAAAGAUCAGAUGGACUCAGAAACCCCGGUUUAAUCCAUUUCCUUCUUUUCUUUUUAAAACAAAAAAGAGGGAGAUGUGGAGUUGUGUUUUUAGGCUCCACUAUAUGUAUGUUCAAGAUGGUUUAUCCUUCUGUACCCCCCCUUGUGCCUUUUAGGUUCAUUCCGGGUUUUCCCAUCAGCACCUGUGUGUCCAUCAAUCCCAAAAACCCUGACUCAGACCCCUGAUCCCACCCAGGUGACUUGUCCAUCCUUCCCCUCUGUCUGGAAGCUUUCUGCCGGGGUCACUGGGUGACUGGACAAUGGCCUGGGGUCCCUCCCCUCCUCCCUGCUGAGUGGAUACCUCGGCUGUCCUUCCCUCGGAGGGCCAUGCCCAUGUCUUCUCCCAUUGGCUGAUCGGGUUUCCCCGCCCACCCUGUAUCAGGGCCUGCUCGAAGCCCAGAGCUCACUGUCUUCUGGGACCUUUUUGAGUGCUGUUGGGCUCUGGGGCUGUCCUUGGAGUCACAAUAAAUCUUGGACCUAC